AUGUGCCGAAGAGAAGAACCUGGCAGGGUAGACAGAGGAGACUUUGUCAAUAGCCUUGGCUCCCACACAGCUCAGCCUGUUCACUCACUCCCUGCUUUUCACCUCUGCCAUCCCAAGAAAAUGCAGUGGGUCCUCAUUUCCACCCUUCUCACAAUCCCUUAUGCUCAGCAGCUUUCUUUCAGGGCAUCAGGCCAGAGGCAGCAGCAAGGAAACAGUGGAGAAAGUGCAGCAAACAGUGAACUGCAUCAGCGCCAAGAGUUAUGUCACUGGCCCUGCAGAUGCCCACCUGUGCCAAGCUGUAGUCCUGGGGUGAGUGUGGUGAGAGAUGGCUGCGGAUGUUGCAGGAUGUGUGCCAAACAAGCCAACACCACCUGUAAUGAAGCAGAGGUCUGUGACCAUCACAGGGGACUCUACUGUGAUUACUCUGCAGAUAAGCCUAGGUAUGAAAGAGGAAUAUGUGCAUAUAUGAUAGCUGUUGGCUGUGAGCUGAGUGGUGUCUACUAUACCAAUGGCCAACAUUUCCAGCCAUCUCCUCUCUUUUCAUGCCUGUGUGUGAAUGGUGCAAUUGGAUGCACACCGGUAUUCAUCCCAAAGUCAGCAUCAAAUGACUGUGCUUUGCUGAAGGACAAAAAGAAAGUUGGACCUUCCAAAUGUGCUUCAGGGCAUUUGGAAGAACAGCGAUCAAGACAUCAUCGAAUAAUGUCAGCUUUCAGAAACGUUCCUCUUGUUUUGAAAAAGAAAUGCCUGAUUCAAACAUCCCCAUGGACACCUUGCUCCCGAACUUGUGGUAUUGGCAUCUCUGACAGGGUGACCAACGGAAACAGUAAAUGUGAAAUGAGGAAGGAAAAGAGACUGUGUUAUAUUCAACCCUGCCAAGCAAAUUUUACAAAGAUUCUGAAGAUCCCAAAAGGAAACAUGUCGCCCACAUUUCAGCUUGCUAAAGCUGAGAAACUAGUCUUCUCUGGAUGCACAAGCAGACAAAUAUACAAACCUAUGUUUUGUGGAAUCUGCCUGGAUAAGAGAUGCUGCAUACCGAAUAAAUCUGUAAUGAUUACAGUACAGUUUGAUUGCCCUGAAGAAGUACCCGUCAAAUGGAAGAUGAUGUGGAUUACAUCUUGUGUUUGUCAGAAGAUAUGCAAUGAUCCAGGAGACUUGUUUUUCUGA